GAAAGAUUACCAAGAAAAAAAUUUACAGGAAAAAUCCAAGAAAGAACAUUGUGUGGGUCUUACGUUGAUUCUAUUUUUCGUCCUAUCAUUGAAGAUACUGAUUCAGGAAAGCAAUUUUCAUGGUGCGAUAUUCAAAUAAACAAUUCAAUUCAAAGGCCAGAUUUUGUAGGAAGAAUACUAAAUAACGUUGUAUGGAACGGCCCAAUUACCGUAGGUGAAGUAAAGGGUGAAGAUACAAAAGAUGAUAUAUAUGCGACUCUUUUAGACUUGAUUAGAAUUGGCCGAUUCUCUAAACAAUCCAUUGACAGUAAUUUCUAUGAAGGUGUGAUUGGUAUUCACGCUGUUGGCUUGAUAGUGACAGUCUAUUUUACUUGUUUGCUUGAUUCUGGACUUUAUGUAAUGAUUGAAAUUUGCACCAUAAGUAUGCCUAGAGACGCUACUCAACUCAGACUAUAUGUUGCCGUUUGUGAAGACCUUUUAUCUGUUCACCAUUUAUAUAAGAAUCAUUGUCAAUUGGCAAAUGAUAUUGAUAGUUUAAAGUCAAACAUGCGUGCAGGUAUGAGUGAGGAGAUCUUUAGAGAGCUUACUAGCAGCACGAAAAACAGAAAGCGACCUUGUCCAUUCACCGUCAAUCAAUAA